GGGCUCGUGGUGGUGGUGGUGGAGCAGGGAAGGGCUGCGAGGGGCUGCUGCCCCAGGUGCCCAGCGGGGCCGGGUGCCCACAUUGGGGGCUCAGCGCUCUCUGCCCUGCGUGUCCUCAGGUCACGGUGGGAAUGGGUGCCUCAGUGUUGCCAUUGUUGGGGUGUGGAGGUCCCAAGGGCUCCGAGCGCACCCCUUGUGCAGCGUCUGCAGGGAGUGGGGCUGAAACCCCGCUGGGUUCCGGCGCUUGGAAGAGGGAAGGUGCUGUGUGCUGGGGGAGCCCCUGGCGCUUCCAUGAUGCCUGCAGGGUUUCUCUGCAGCCCUUCUGGCAGCACCGCCCGUGGGGGACCGAGGGACUGGGGGCCGCUCCCGGUGGCGGGGGGAGCCCGGGCGGGGCGGGGGCAGUCAGAGCCGCCUCCCACCGGGCGGCACCGCACAGCGCCGUGGGGGCCAUUGCUGCCACUGCUCCCGCAGGGCUCAUCCCGCUUUUCCCGUCCCGGUUGGUGCCCGCCAUGAGCUCCGUGCCCGGCCCCUCCCGGGAGCCCCCCCGCUACCUCAGCAAGGCGGAGGCGGAGGCCAUGGAGAAGGAGCUGCUGGAGGAUUACCGCUUCGGGCGGCAGCAGCUGAUCGAGAUCUGGGGACAUGCCUGUGCCGUGGCCGUCACCAAGGCCUUCCCGCUGCCGUCCCUCCCACGGAAGCAGCCCACGGUGCUGGUGGUGUGCGGCCCUGCGCAGAACGGGGCCAUCGGGCUGGUGUGUGCGCGGCACCUGCGCAUCUUUGACUACGAACCCACCAUCUUCUACCCCAAACGCUCCCUGGACCCCCUGUACCGAGACUUCACCACUCAGUGCGAGAAGAUGGACAUCCCCUUCCUCUCGUACCUCCCCACCGAGGUGCAGCUGAUCAACGACGCCUACAAUGCGGUGGUGGACGCGGUGCUGGGGGCUGAGACGGAGCUGGGCGAGGGCAGGGGGCCGUGUGCCAGCAUCCUUGCCACCCUGAAACACAUCCGCAUCCCCAUCGUCAGCCUGGACGUGCCCUCAGGGUGGGACGUGGAGGCGGGCAGCAGCAGCGGGAUCAGCCCCGACGUGCUGGUGUCGCUGAUGGCCCCCAAGCAGUGCGCCCGCCGCUUCCUGGGCCGCCAGCACUUCGUGGCCGGCCGCUUCGUGCCCUACGACGUGCAGAAGAAGUUCGAGCUCAACCCACCCGAGUACCCGGGCACUGAGUGCGUGGUGGCCCUGCGUGCCCCGCAAUAAAGCGCUGGGA